AUGAGGUUCUACAAGACCAUUCUGCUACCUCUCUUAGCGCUGGCGCAGUUUGCGCUCGGCGCGGAGGACUACUACAAGAUCCUCGGCCUCAACCGCGACGCCACCGACAAGCAAAUCAAGUCCGCCUACCGGCAACUCAGCAAGAAAUACCACCCCGAUAAGAACCCAGGCGACCCCUCCGCCCACGAAAAAUUCGUCCAGGUGUCCGAAGCCUACGAAGCCCUUUCCGACCCCGAAUCCCGCCAAAUCUACGACCAAUUCGGCCACGAGGGCCUCAAACAACGCAAGCAAGGCAACGGUUUUCAGCACCACGACCCGUUCGAUCUCUUUAGCCGGUUCUUCGGCGGCGGCGGGCACUUCAACACUCACCCGGGCCAACGCCGCGGUCCCAACAUCGAGGUCAAGGUCUCCGUCUCUCUGAAGGAUUUCUACAACGGGGGAACCACCGAGUUUACCUGGGACAAGCAGGAGAUAUGCGAACACUGCGCCGGGACGGGUGCCGCGGACAAGGUUGUGCACACGUGCCCGUCGUGCGGCGGCAAGGGCGUCAAAAUGGUGCGCUCGCAGUUCGCUCCGGGCAUGUUUACCCAGGUGCAGAUGCAAUGUGAUGCGUGCGGGGGGAGGGGCAAGACCAUUGCGAAGCGGUGCCCCGUGUGUCAUGGGGACAGGGUGGUGAGGAAGGCGACCCCAGUCACGGUGCAGGUAGAGAGGGGCAUGGGGGAUGGGACGAGGGUUGUGUAUGAGAAUGAGGCGGACGCGAGUCCGGAUUGGGUCGCGGGGGAUCUGAUUGUUACGUUGGUGGAAAAGGAGCCGGAGUUGGAGGAGGGGGCAAGGCCCGAGGAGAGGGUAGAUGGGGUGUUCUUUAGGAGGAGGGGGGAUGAUCUCUUCUGGACGGAGGUUCUUUCACUUAGGGAGGCGUUGUUGGGUGAUUGGUCGAGGAAUAUCACGCAUCUGGAUGGGCAUGUCGUCAGGUUAGGACGGAAGAGAGGGCAGGUCGUGCAGCCGGGCCAUGUAGACACUAUCCCUGGGGAGGGCAUGCCAGUGUGGCAUGAGGACGGGGAUAGUGUGUACCACAAGACAGAGUACGGGAAUCUGUAUGUGGAGUAUGUCGUCGUGCUGCCGGAUCAGAUGGAAAGCGGCAUGGAAAAGGAUCUGUGGGCUGUGUUUGAGAAGUGGCGGGCGAAGAAGGGGGUCAACUUGCAUAAGGAUAGUGGACGGCCAGAGUAUAUUGUUACGGGGGAGAGGCCGCCUGUGCAUGAGGAGUUAUGA